UUGCUGAAACUUCAACAACAACUGGCGUCUAUGCAACAUCUUCAACCUCUCCAAUGGAUUAUGCUUCUACUAGAAAAAAUCUUUUAGCAACAUUCCAACAGAACCAAACAAAACCUCUUACUAUUUCUAAUAUUGCAACAACAGUUCCACUUACUACUCAACCAGAAACCAAACCAUCCACUUUAACA